UUUUAUAAUGCCUAUAAAUUUGUGUAAUACUUAUAUAUUUGGGCAGAAAAUUAAAGGAAGAGGGUGAAGAUAAGUAGUGAUCAAUACUUAGCUAUAAAAAUGGCUUCUAAACUUGUGAUGAUAACAGUCUUUGUUUUUGAUCUUAUUGCUUUUGCUUUGGCUGUUGCUGCAGAGCAAAGAAGAAGCACAGGCAUUUCAACUGUAGAUACAGAGGAUAACUACAAUUACUGUGUUUAUGACUCUGAUAUUUCAACUGGCUAUGGUGUUGGUGCAUUUUUGUUUUUAAUGGCAAGUCAGCUUCUAGUAAUGGUUGCAAGCAAAUGUUUUUGCUGUGGGAACCCAUUAAAGCCUGGGAGCUCAAGAGCUUGUGCUGUUCUUCUUUUCAUCAUUUGCUGGGUAACGUUUUUCAUUGCGGAAGUUUGCUUGCUAGCUGGUUCGGUUAGGAAUGCAUAUCACACAAAGUACCGAACGAGGUUUUUCGAGAGCCCGCCUUCUUGUGAGACGGUUCGGAAGGGAGUAUUUGCAGCCGGGGCUUCGUUCGUUUUCUUCACGGCCAUAGUCUCCGAAUUUUUUUACUUGAGCUAUGCAAAAGCCAGGGGAAACUCUGUUCUUUAUGGAGGUGAAGCUGGAGUUGGCAUGACUGCAUACAAGUGAUCACAUUGUGUUUUUUUCCUUUUUUCUCAUCUUUUAUCAAAAUUCCUUUAUAUGUAUAAGCAAACAAGGUUUUUAAUAGUAGUGACAUUUUGUUUUCAAUGUCAUUCUGAAAAUAAUGUUUGAGCCUUUGUGUUGCAGUGAAGUUUCUAGUUUAAGUUUAUAUAUGGUUGUAGCUGGCAAUAGCAAGCAUGCUUUCAUUUUCUUGGAUUUGUUUGUUCCUAAUUUGCACUUAAUUCAUUAUUUUUAAUUAAUUACAAUUUUAGUAUCUGACGGUCUACUCACAUGUAAGUGUAUUUGGUAAACACCAUUAAUUG